AUGGAUAAUGUUGAACGGACUCGUGGUGUGGCAGGCUUGUGUGACGUGUGUGGAACAAAUUUUAAUACAAGAAAAAUCUUGUACCGACAUAUGAGGGUGAAGCAUCGCAAGAAUAUUUAUGUACAGCCUAGGAAAGAAAUAUGUAAUAUUUGCGACAAGUUGGUGAUAGACGUAAACAAACACAUGAAGAGACACAAUUUUGCAUCUGGAAAGGUAGGAGGCAAGUUGGUUACCUCUCUGUCACCAUAUCAAUGCUGCGUGAAUCUUAAUGUAACCCAACUGCAAGCAGAUGGCUGGUUCAUAGUCAAGCGUGCUAUAUUGGCGAAAAUGUUACGGAGAUAUCACCAGUGUGAUAUCGGGGAUAUGACAUGUACUGAGUGCAAUACAUUUAGAUGCUCUUGGAGGCAAGACCUGAUACAGCAUUUGAAGUGUGUUCACCAACAGAAAAUGAAGUGCAAAGAAAUGACAUUUAGUUCUUUGGAAGGUGAGGAAACAAAAAAGGAACAGAUGGAAGUUGAAGAGAAGGUUUCCUUCAUAAGACCAAGGGGAAAACAGAAAUGUGAUUAUUUUGUUUGCCACCGUUCUGGAUAUGCUGACAAAACAGCUUCAGGCAGAAGGUUAAGGGAACCUUCAAUCAAAAUUGGUGGUACCUGCCCUGCCUGUUCGGUAGUAAGAAAUGUGUCAUCUAACAUGGUUAAUGUCAAGUUCUACAGGACACAUACAGGACACAGUCUCUCUAAAGUGAGAGAGAGCAUUCAGGUUGGACUCUUCAGAAGAGUUCAUCUUUUAAGCAAACAAGAUAUUAGAAAUAUUAGGAAAGAAUACAAGCUGGACGAUAGUAGUGCACACCAAGAUGAUGCAACCAGCGUUGAUCUGUGGGUGAGACAACAAGAGCGCCUAGGGAAAGAUUCCCUGGUUAUUUAUUACAAAGCCCAAGGCACUGAGGAUAAUGGAAACAAGUUAUUAGAAAGUGACUUUAUGAUAGUCCUUAUGACUGAGUAUAAAUUUUAUCUGACCACACUGUUGACCGUGGAUGAAUUUGGUGCUGGAUGUCCAGUUUCUUAUUGCUUCCGUACACAUACUGAUACAAGGUCCAUGCAAGUUUUCUUUGAGCAGAUUAAAAAAUGUAUUGGAAACUUCAAAACAAAGGUAUUCAUAUCUGAUGACUGUGACAGCCACUGCAGUGCCUGGAGUGUAGUUAUGGGCCAUAGUGAACAUAGGUUGUUAUGUACCUGGCACGUUGAUCGGACAUGGAGAUGGAAUAUAUGUGUAAAAGUAAAUGGGAAUGCAAUGCUGAAGAGUACUGUAUACAAAGCUCUGAAAACUUUGUACUUACAGACAGAGAGAGAGAAAUUCUCAGAGCUGCUGGAUGGCUUUCUUACUUGGUGUGUAGAGGAGGAAGGAAUUGAGGAGUUUGGCAAGUACUUUAAGGAUAAAUAUUCAUGGAGGGCACAUAUGUGGGCAUACAGCUACAGAAUUGGCCUUGGCCUUAAUACAAAUAUGUUCUUAGAAGCAAACCAUAAAACUCUCAAAUACUCAUACUUACUUAAGAAAAUAAAUAACAGAGUAGAUAAAUGUAUCCAUGCUCUAUUGCACAGAAUGAGGGACUCACUUUUUCAAAGAUUAAUAAGGCUUUGUAAGGGGACAGAGAGAACCGGACGGAGUGCUGAAAUAAGUAAGAGUCACAGAAGAGGUUGUGGUAUUAAUAAGGAACUGAUACACUGCGUUGAAGAUGGCACAUGGCAUUUAUAG